GGCUAAAAUAUAAUGUAUUUUAAAGUUAUUCAAUGGUUCAACCUCGACCAACCCAAUUAGUCCAAUUUUUAUCAUUUCAAAUAUAUAUUUUAUAAUUAUUUGACAUCAUAAUGAUCAAAUUAUAGUGUAUUUUAUAGGGAAUCGUUUGGUAUUUGUUAGUAAAAAACUAAACAUAAAGAUCUAUUUGGUUAUUUUAAACAUUAAAACGAUCCUAAACAUUUUCAGUUCCUUUUGAAUUUAUAUGGUUUUAUUCCCAAAUAAGUCAUGUGCAAAUGGCGAAUUGUAGUCGUCUCUUUUCUUUCACUAUUUUUUAUUUUCAAAUAGAAAGUUUAAAAGUAAAGAAUAAUUAGAAUUUGGCAUGGGUCGGUCAAACAGGUUGAAUUUCAAGUUUUGGCCUGUUUGUUUUAUGCAUUGCAAAUUUAUUAGCAUGUUGAUGGAAAUGGCUUGGAAAAAAGACAUAUAAGUUGUACCUUUGCAGAAAUGUCCUCAAAUGUUUGAAUGCUUUGUGAAUCAGGUUCUGUGACUUUUGUGAUGGUGUAUGUGCUUGACGAUUGCUCGAUGUUGUAACUACUUAAUUUGAGAGUAAAUCUUUUGAUUUUCCCUAUGAGUUGUGAUACCAGUUCUGGUGGUUGCAGCAUGUUGUCGUUGUUGGACUGUAAAAGUUGUUCCGUCGUGAUGAUAAAUACCUUUCUUUCUUUUUUAACAAAUUGUGUAGUAGUGCUAUGAAACAGACCACCCAUGAACGCUACGCUUAUUAUGGUCUGUUCUUACUUCCGGUGGUGAGAAAUUGUGAAUUGAGAAUCAUAUUCGCCUACCGCACUGUGUCUGGUUGGUGGCUGCUUACUAUGCUCUCUAGAGUUAUGAAACAGACUACCCAUGAACGUUACCCUUAAGAGUCCAUAACUUUGCGAAAAACCAAAUUUAGGCAAUCAAAGGUGGUGGAUGUUUGAUGAUUUUUUAUGGCUUAAUUGUUUGUGAAUUGGAUAUCUGAUCUUUGUAUGAUUAGAGGGGAUGUUUGCUUAAUAGAAUAAUCCAUUUUAAUUCAUAUUUAUUUUUAACAUGAACUUUAGUAACUCAAAACCUUCGAGACACAUAUCACCUACUGCAUUGUAUCAUUUUGCCUGGGUGCUUGCUGUGUUGUCAAACUUCUUUGCUGCUGCUGCAUUUACACUAACAGGGGAGUUAAGAACCCAUGAAUGUUUCCGUUUGACACAAACAAGAGGACUUACUUCUAAAUCGUGCACUAAAGAUGAUUGGAGGAAACAUCUCUGUUGCAGUUGAUACACUGGAGACCAGAACAAAAGCAACGUAUAACAUCAAAACCAACCAUCUGAACUAUUAGCAUUGUUGGUUUACUCUUUUUUCGUGGUUGAGUAUCCUUCAAAAAAUUUAGUUUGAUUUUAGAAAAUUUUGUUUCUGCAGUCCUGUCUUGCCACCAACGCGUUCAAUAGAUGGAGAUGGCAGAGGCGAAGGCUAUUUUUGUGUUGUUGUUGCUGGUUUAGGGAUCGGUUUGUGAAGAAGAGGGAGAAGAGAGGGGGAAAGGGAAAUGCAUGAGAGGGGGAUAACUCUUUUCUCCGACAAAAAUGGAGUGAAGAAAGGAAUUAUGAUCAGUAAGGAUAUGGUUAUCUUACAUAACUGUGUCUAUUCUGUUUGAAUUGAGCUUGGGAGGUAGUGAUAAGGACGAGCUGCAACCAAUUCAUAGUGAUAAGAGUGCUAUGAACUGUGAUCAUGUAUUAUUUCAAGUUAGAAGGUAGUUUCAGUAUAAGGAUUAUUUAAUUUGACAAGUUGUUUCGUCCAUGAUUUUUGGUAGUUUCAGUGCCAUUCUAGCCAUUGUUUAGUCUGUAAUUUUUGAGAAUUGAUGUGCGAGUAAUGACUUUCACUUAGCUUCAACUAUUAUGUGUGUAUUUAUUGGCAUGUGAUAGAAUUCUCUUUUCCUUUUCUUUGAUAUCAGUUUCAUACUCUAAUUGUAUCAUUUGUACAUAGGCAAAUCAUGCUCGAGAUGACAACUCGCCGAUAUGGCUGGUGCAAGGAAUGAAGCCAUCAUUAAAAUUCAGACCGACAACGGGGAGGGAUGCCUAGGACUAAUUCAACGAUGAUUGAUGAUGGUAUGAUAAAAACUGCAGUCUGCAUCAGCACCAAUUUCUAGGACUAAGUAAAGUUAUUCAACCCAGAACUCUGCUUAGCGCUAAAAAUUGCCCUCACCCAACAUUGAUCCUGUUUGACCCACCUCUGAAGAGUCAAGAUAUAUUACUAAUUCUCUCUGUUCGUAUUUUCUUAUUGACUCUUUCUUACCAUUUAGGUUGGGGCGGGUCGGGAAGAAUCAGAUUAGUGGGUCGGUCCUAAUCAAGUGGAAUCACAAUCCCUUCACUCUCACUUACUUUCUCUCCCAUUCCACAAGUGGGUAACAUACAGUAAUCCGGCCAACGGGCCGGGUAACAGGGUAACAAGCUAGUUGCAAUAUAUCGACUAUAGGGUUUGCAAGCCAGCACUCUGAAGGAUCGGCCAAAGCAGCGAAUGGGAAGGUCCAACUGGAAGAAACCCUAAAGCUGUAUUUAACCCUGAAGGUUCCUCCUCUGCCUCUUCCUUUUUUUCUAUUCGUUUCCCCUCACGUCAGUGGCCAUAUUCAAUCUCGCCGCUGCGCCGUCGCUAUUGUCCUUCCCUGCCUCCGCCUUCCUAGUUCUGUCUAUUCAGAGACCCGCUCUUCUUCUCUCCGCCAUUCUGCCUCACCUAUCUGACAUUAGCGUCUUCAGUGUGAGCACCCCUACGUCAGACUUGUGCUUCUGGGUUUUCUUGUGGUUUACGUCUCCUCACAUUUGCUUCUAUGUCUGUGUUCUGCUCGGAGUUUCUGUGGUUUGUGUUGAAAUUUCAUUGUAGUUGGGUAUAGAAGGUGGCUGAUUCAUUUCUCUGGGGUUUGCUAUUUCUGAAUUUUCAAGAAAGGAAGCAUUUUGACGACUAACAGAAGCAGUAUCUAGUCAAAUGAUUAUACUAGUAGGACUAGGACCAGUUUUGUGGUUUCCCAUUAGGGUUAAAUAUCUUGUUAUUUUUGCUGGUCUUGGGAAGUAAUUUUGGGACUCUGGUGUUCUUGCUAUUUUGAUUUCUUCUUUAAUUGGUAACUAGCUAGGAGAUGAUCUGGGCAUGCCUUGUUCUCAUGGCGAAAUCGAUCAGGCUAAUAUGCUAUAAGGAUGGGUGUUUAGGAUUGCUACUGUUGUGGUUUCUUGUAAUUUCUGUUUCCCUUGCACUGAUCCUCUGGUUGUGAUGAUCAUAGCCUUCCAGUGUUGUGGUUGACAUUCUGCUUCGGGUUCACCUCGUGUCUUUGUUUAAUCUGAUCAUCUACCUUACUGUGAAGUGUGUUGUACAUAGAACUUUGGCGCUGCUUACUUGUUUUACUCGUCCUGGAAAAUGAUGGACUGUGAGAUAGCUGAUGAUGGAGAGGUCUACAUCGACGAUGCUGACAUAAUCACUGAGACCACCCUUGAUGAUGAAGAUCUUCCUGAUGGCAGUGAUGAAGACGACGAGUAUGAUGAACAGGCUGACUUUGAUGAGGACCUGGGCGAUUCAAUAUACAAAUUUACUGGCCAUACAUCUGGAGUAUUUGCUCUUGCAUGCAGCCCGACAAAUCCUUUGUUGGUAGCAACCGGAGGUGGUGAUGACCGAGGAUUUCUUUGGAAGAUAGGACAGGGAGAUUGGGUUGCUGAACUUGGAGGUCAUAAGGAAACUGUCACUAGCUUAGCAUUUAGUAGCGACGGACAGUUUCUUGCUUCUGGGGGACUUGAUUCUGUUGUUAAUGUCUGGGAUGCAUCUGGAAAUUUCAAAUGUAAGCUUGAAGUACCUGUCCCGACUGGGGGCUUUGAGUUGAUCAGUUGGCAUCCUACAGAUCAUGUAGUCUUGGCUGGUUCAAAUGAUUUCUCUGCUAGGAUGUGGGGACUCAACACAGGUGCUUUCACUGAAUUGUCUGGCCACAGGGGAAGUACCUGUGGAGAUUUCACACCUGAUGGCAAAACCAUAUGCAUCGGUUCCAGUGAUUCGACUUUGAGAAUAUGGACGUCAGAAACUGGGGAUCCUAUAUAUGUUGUAGGAGGCCAUCCCUAUCACAGUAAAGGACUAACUUGCUUAGCCAUCACCUCUGAUUCACGUUGUGCUCUGACUGGUUCUGAGGAUGCUUCUGUGAAAAUUGUGAACAUUAAGACUGGAAAGGUGGUCGGUACGUUAUCGCCUGGUCACUCAAAAACAGUUAAUUGCAUCGGUUUGUCACGUUCACCAAGCUUCUUCCCUUGUGCGGCGACUGGGGGCGAAGAUGAGAGACUUGUUAUCUGGGAUCUUGAACGUUCAUCUCCUCGCAGCAUAUGCAACCUUGAGAGUGAAGUGACGUGCUUGACAUGGAUAGGCACGUCGAGGUAUGUGGCUGCUGGAUGGGGAUAUAGUGAUAUGGGACGGUCUGUCUGGAGACAAGGUGAAGACAUUUAGGGGGCAUAGCGAAUGCAUAGAGUCUUUGUCCGUGAGCUGUAAUCAAGAUUUUCUGGUUUCGGCGUCAGCGUCGGCCUCAGGAGAUGGUACUGGUAGUCAUGGUACUGCCAGAGUCUUUGAGAUUGCAGGAUUCAGAUAACAAGAAGCGUCUCCAUUUCCCCCAAUAUUUAAGAACAGGAUUGAUAGUAGUAGUUUUUUCCCACUCUAGAUUUGCUGCAUUCUGAGGGAUUCACUGAAGGUUAUUUGGGAAUUUGCCCAGUUUUCUGUUAUUUUCCUAAUAAUUUUAUGUUUUACAUCUUUGGAGCCUGGAGGUCCGCCAUACUUGACUAGUAGGAGGUGUCAAGCUCGGGGGGUCUUGAUGACUAGAGUGUUCUUGCUUGUGAUGGCUUCAUUGACUAGCCAUCAUGCUUGACACCUAGGAAGAUUAUUAUUCAAUUUAAAUCAAUUUAUUUAACUAACCAUUCCCAUUGGUAUCUCUUCCAAAACGUGUUUCAAUUUUGUAUUCGAUUAUUGAGAAAAUUAUAGGUUUUCAAGCAAUUGAUUCGGAUUCACUAAUCAACGCGAAGGAUACGU